AUGUCUGAAGUAACACUUACAAGAAGAGAACAACAAGCCUUGAGAAAGGCAGCACUCGGAGCAGCACCUGUCAGAACUCUGAGAGAUAUUGGAUCUGCAUUGGAACCUUCGACAAUUCCUAAUGUUAUGAAGUUGAAGUCUAACAUUGUUUGUGUUUUUGCUUCUGAAUGGGAACUUUGCAAACAAGAAAUUGAAGAACAAUGCUGCGUCAAGUGGAUUAUCAGUCGUCCUAAUAGACAUAGUUCCGCUGUUGAUAUCACCAAGAAGAAGCGUGUGCUCUUCUCCCAGGUAUACUCCUGUCAUAGAGGUGAAAGCUAUGAACCUGAAAGCAGAGAAAAGCGUCCGAUUCAACGUAAAUCGAAGAAAGUUGGCUGUGAGGCAACUCUCAUUAUCACCUGUCACGCUGACAAACCUCAUGUUUAUAUGUUUGAUUUCAUUGGCAACCAUAAAAAUCAUAUUCCCGGGGAUAUUCAAACCGAUCUUGGACUUAUUCCCUUGACUCGAGGUCGUGUUAAUGACAUUGUUGCUCGUUUGACAGCUAGCCCUGGCUCGUCAGCUAGAAAGAUCAGACUUGAGAUUCUUCGUGACGUUGACCGGCAAGAGUACUCUCUCAAUGAACGUAAAAUCAACUACUUUGAUAUUUACAACAAAAUUCUUGCAAUCAACCGAACAAUCUUUCGCUUGCACGAGGACGACUUCAAGUCCAUGAAGAUGUGGUUUGCAGAGAAACUUUCUCCCAAAAAUUUCAUCAUCUUCGAAGGAAAUUUGCAGGCAUACACAAAUGACGAGAGUCUUUAUGCCUGUGGAUUCGCGUCACCUUUCCAGCAAGGCAAGAUCAAAGCUGCAACAACAUUUUGCAUGGAUGCCACUUACAUCAUUACCCAAAGAUCUGAUGACAUUCUUUACACCAUUGUCAUUCGUGAUGAAGAGCUCGACCGCGGUUUCCCUUGUGCGUAUAUGCUGACCAACGAUCAUUCUCUAGGCCCGAUUGUCCAGUGGUUGAAGCACCUGAAAGACAAUCAGUUGAUUGUAAACCCUCAUAAUGCUGAGACAAAUGCGCUCGCAGCAAUCUUCCCUGGAUGUCAGAUCCAAUACUGUCUCUUCCAUGUGAGUCAAGAAUGGUACAGACAGUUAAAUCUGAAGGUCAAGACUGGAAGUACUGUCAACGAAAACCGCCUCAUUCGUGGCGAAAUUAUGGCUUUUCUUAAGCACAUCAUGUACGAAGAGCAUAUUGUGGCAUUUCUGAACAAGAUCGUCGGGGUCAUUGAAAAAUACGAGCAUACACAGCCUGAUUUUGUGAAAUACUUUGAGACCAACUGGUGCACCAUGGCUAAAUAUUGUGUUUGGAGUAGAGCUUUCCAUCAGCUCGAAUGCUUUCACAUGCUAACAAACAACUAUAUUGAGUCUUGGCACAACCAACUAAAGACUCGUUUUUUAGGCCGUAGUCGCAACAAGAGAUUUGACAGACCAAUCUUUAUAUUGACAAACGAAGUAGAGUUUUACUUCAAGGAGGAGGCCAUGAGAAUCAACAUGCGUAGUAGUCCUAUGACAGCAGCUCAGAAACAGCAAAGAAAAAUAGAAAUGUCUGCUGAAGCUGUUCCUCCAUAUAUGCGUGCUAACAUGAUUGUUAGCCCAUCCAAAGCAGCAUCUUUAACUUCUAUCUCCGAUGACACUGACGAUGUUCCUGAAGAUGGAUUCUGGUUCAUUGACUCGUUUACUGAAGAUGGUAUCACAUAUCAAGUUGAAGUUAACAACAGUGUUAUUCUUUCUUGUACUUGUUAUUCCUGGGCUAGGUACAUGAAACCUUGUAAACACAUGCAUUUGCUUCGUAUCCAUGUAUCUGGUUUUACUUUCCCGUCUGUGCCUUUUGCUGUCAAUAACAUGUUGUCUGUCAGUAUUUCUAUCGAGCAGUUUGUUGAACAAAAUUCCAUGACAAUUGGUAGCAGAACAGAGACCACUGGCCGUGGAUAUGCAAUCGAAGCAUUUGAGUAUACCAAAAAGUGCUCCUUGACAACUCGACACAACGAACAAGAUUUGUAUCAGUUGAUCCAGUAUGCUACUGAAGAGGAAGCAGAAGCUAUUAGAGCAGCAUAUGCUGCCCCUAUUAAAGCCUUUCAAGCAGUUAAAGCAAAAUACGAAACCCAUUUCAGAACGUUAACCACACAACGUCCUUAA